CUCAGCACAUCGCACAAACUGACACGGCCACACUGCUAUGGCCAUGGACACAAGUCCACUACUCAACACCCCCGAAAAUUCCAAUUACCAGUCUGUGGGGAAGACUUUGAGAGACGCAGAGAAGAAAUAUGUCAAAACACUAAAUAACAGGAAGAUGUUCCUGGCUGCUUUUUCUGCUGUCUUGGGCAACUUCACAUUUGGUUACGCGUUGGUUUACCCCUCACCGGUCAUUCCAGCUCUGGAAGGAGAUGCUGAUCCCACUAUGCACAUUACGGAAGCGGAGAAGUCUUGGUUUGGGUCAGUGUUUGCUCUGGGCACCUGUGUCGGUGGAUUAAGCUCAAUGUUCCUGAAUGAUUGGCUUGGACGUAAACUCAGCAUUAUGUUCUCCACGCUUCCUGCAGCCAUUGGUUUUUUGCUAAUGGGCAGUGCUCAGCAUAUCUCCAUGCUUCUCCUGGGAAGAAUUCUCACAGGCCUAGCCGGAGGCAUAACAUCAUCCUCAAUACCAGUUUAUAUUUCGGAGAUCUCUCAUGCCGGAGUGAGGGGUGCAUUGGGGGCAUGUCCGCAGCUGAUGGCAGUAUGUGGGGCCUUGGUCCUGUAUGUGCUCAGUAUCGUUGUGCCAUGGCGCUGGCUGGCAAUAUUGGGUGAAAUACCUGUAAUUACCAUGCUCGUCCUCCUGUGCUUCAUGCCGGACUCCCCGCGAUUCCUAAUUGCAAAAGGGAAACGAGAAAAGGCCCUGAAGGCUCUAGAGUGGCUCAGAGGGCCAGACACAGCAUACAGAGAGGAGUUUACGAGAAUUGAGGAAAGCAUCGUCAAUAAGAACAGUUCAAUAACUUGUAGUGAGCUGGCUGAACGGCACUACUACAAACCCAUUCUCACUGCUGUCCUCAUGAGGUUCCUACAACAGAUGUCUGGGAUCAACCCAAUACUGACAUUCCUGGAGUCCAUCUUCAACAAGACCAAAGUCAUUCUGUCAGGAAGGUAUGAUGCUGCGCUCGUUGGACUGGUAAGGCUGGUGGCAGUAAUAAUUUCUGCCAUUGUUAUGGAUAAAGCUGGAAGGAAAAUUCUGCUCUACGUCUCUAGCUCCUUGAUGCUGGUCUCCUCCCUGGCGAUGGGCCUGUAUGUUCAUUUCAUAGUUGAUGUAAAACACAAUUCCACAACCCUUAAUAUGACGCUGAAUGAGCCUGGGCCUCAACACCCAACAAACUAUUUGGGUGUCAUCCCCCUUCUAUGUAUCAUGUUGUAUGUUUUAGGUUAUGCCUUUGGCUGGGGUCCAAUCACCUGGCUCCUGAUGUCGGAGAUUCUGCCAUUGAAAUCUCGUGGAAUGGCAUCUGGACUGUGUGUGGUGGUCAGCUGGAUUACUGGCUUUGCUCUAACUGAGGCUUUCCUCCCUGCUGUGAAUGCCUUCAAUCUGGAGACACCUUUCUUCUUCUUCACCUUCAUCUGCGUCUGCUGCCUCAUCUUCACCUACUUUGCUGUUCCGGAAACCAAAGGGCGGACACUGGAGCAGAUCGAAUGGUACUUCCGCUCAGGUCGGCGUUCUUUCAUCAGGUAGCCAGAGGUGGUGAGGCGGAAAACUUGGUGCUAUCAAAACCGGGUGUGUGCCAAAGAAACACAUACGUUACUUCAAAAAGGAUUUCUAGGUCUCCCCCAUGAAUCUGAAUGUAAACUGAGGCACCUCUGGGACUUAAAUAUUGUUGCACCACUCUGGACCGUA